AUGACUGGGAAGCUGGCUGUGCUGCUGAGCAAUGCUGGUCCUUUGGAACAGGCCCAGCAGGUAUACACCCUCAAGGCCACCCUCAACCUGGGACCUCACCUUGUCAGAGCUGUGGGCCCUCAGGCCCGGAAGGUGGAGAUGCCUCUCGAGCUGACACAGGUGAGAUGGAGUCGCUACAACCCCAGUUACUUGGAGCCAGAAGUGGACAAGGAAUUGUAUCAGAAACCUUUGGAGGAGCUGUCUGAAGAGGAAAAGGAAAAACUGGAGCUUAAGGCUGUUCAUCCCAUAAAAGCUGCCCCUCCCAGCCUCUCCAGCUCUGUGUUCAGCGACCCCAUGAUCAGUAAGUUCACCAAUAUGAUGAUGAAGAAUGGAAAUAAAGUGCUGGCCAGAAGCCUCAUGGCUCAGACUCUAGAGGCCAUUAAGAGGAAGCAGCUGGAGAAGUACCACAAAGCUCCAGAAGAUGAGAAGGAGACAAUUGAGUGCAACCCUUAUGUCAUUUUCCACCAGGCUCUGAAAAACUGCCAGCCCAUCAUUGGGCUCAGCAACAUCACAAGAGGAGGCAAGACCUACCAGGUGCCAGUCCCUCUGAAGGACAAUCGGAAGCGCUUCCUGGCCAUGAAGUGGUUGAUCACCGAGUGCCGGGAGAACAAGCCCCGGCGGACAAUGAUGCCUGAGAAGCUCUCCCAGGAGCUCCUCCAGGCCUUCAACAACGAAGGGCCCAUCAUCAAGAAGAAGCACACGCUGCACAAGAUGGCAGAGGCCAACCGGGCGUACGCCCACUUCCGGUGGUGGUAGGACCCUGUGCGUGGGACAUGAUGCCACCAGCAGAGCUCCAGGGCCACCUGCCUGGGAGAGGCUGGGGAGAAGAGCAAAAGGUGGCACCUCCCUUCCAGGCAGCUUCUG